AUGCAAUCAAUCAAUGUCGACGUGCUAGUAUGCGGCGGAGGAAUGUCGGGCAUGGCGUGUGCCUCGUUCGCUGCACAAUCCGGAGCAAGGGUGUUGGUGGUCGAGAAGCAGAGUAUGGUGGGCGGAUCGUCUAACUACUCUGCGGGCAUGUUCUGGGGCCCUCAGACAUACGAGAAACUAAGGUCCUGGGUGCCUGACGGAGAUCCAGAACUGCAACGCGCAUGGUUAGACGACUACCUGUCGGCCGUGCAAUGGAUGCGCGAAAAUCAGGUCCCUACAGCGCCUCGAUUCGACGGGAUCAUGACAAUCGGAAUCGGUUUCCCUAUCAAAAUCCCACACCUCCACAGCCUCCAUCGAAGCCGGAUCGAGUCAAGCAAGACCGGGUCGGAGAUCUGGACAAACACCGCGGUCGUCCAACUUCUCCAGGAGCAUUCCGGCGUGCUGGGAUCUCGGAUCAAGGGUGCCAUCGUUCGCCGCGAAUCGUCUAACGGCCAGCCAGCCUCGUACUUCACUGUCACAGCCCGGACAGUCGUACUAGCCACUGGUGGUUUCCAGGGCUCGUCUAAUCUAACAGCACAAUACCUAGGUCAGGGCGCGGACAGCAUCUUCGUGCGAUCGAACAAGGGCUCUGUGGGCAAUGGUCUGAAUCUGGCUGUUGGAGCUGGAGCGGCGACAAGUCGAGGCAUGAAUACCUAUUAUGGCCAUCUCAUGGCUGCUCCUUUGCGAGCGGAGCAGGUAGAUCCAAAGGACUAUCUUCCUCUUGCGCAGUAUCAAAGUAAAUACUGCCUGCUGCUGAACGAAUCCGGGCGUCGAUUCGCGGACGAGACCACUGGCGAUGAAAUCAUCAACCAGUACCUCGCAAAACAGGAGAAGCGACGCGGAUUCCUGAUAUUCAAUGAGAAAACCCGCCUGCAGCACUGCAUAUCGGCCUUAUUUCCCAACGCUGGUGAUAUCGAUCGCCUCCAGAAGGCUCGCGAGCACGGAUGCAAUGUCGGAGCCGCGUCAACCCUCGGUGAGCUGGUCGAAGUACUCGCAGGAUGGGGCGUCGACCGCGUCGGCGCCAAGCGAACGAUUGACAACUAUGACAGGGUGAUCCGACAAAAGGAGCCCGGGCUAGGGCUUGAUGCCCCUGUUGGUAGAGGGGGCACCCCUCCUACGCCGUUAGUAGAAGGCGAGGGUCCAUUCCACGCAAUUGAAGUGCAGCCAUCAAUCACGUUCACGUACGGAGGUAUAAGGAUCGACAGAGAGGGCCACGCCUUGACUCCGGACAGCACUCGAAUUCCCGGCCUCCUGGUCGCAGGCGUCGACGCUGGUGGGUUCAGUAACUUGGGGUAUGCAGGCGGACUGGCGCUCGCCUUUGUGACUGGUUUCUGGGCUGCGAAGCAGGUUGCGAGAGAAUUAAAGCUCCCUCUGCCAAAGCUUCCGCCAGCGGAUCCGAGGGAUGCUGAGGCUAUGCCGGUGAAGGGCCGACUAUAA